AAUGGACGGUUCUAAUUAAUUCCAAAAGAACAAAUGAAUAUGGAGUUUUAAAAUAUGAGAAUAUUCACAGACAAUAAAUAUAGGGGCGAGACAUCAUUACAUCAACGUAAACACACACAAAAACCAAACAUUCUAUUCUCCCCCAUACUCUAGUUCCUUGGUCGACAAGCUUCAAACACAACACCGAUUGCGAAUUAAUAUCCCUUUGCUGUUUGUGUCUUUUCCCAAUACUCAAAAUAAUGCCACUUCCAGUUCCAUCUAUCAUCCUCCUCCUGCUGGUGAUCUUCUCAACUAUCUCUUGUACACACUCCAAAGAAGCUCGACUUAGUGUUUUCCCAAAAAAACUAAGGUACACAUUUGAUGGGGAGAAAUUGCACUACAAAUUUGCGGACUUGGGUAUCGAAAUUUUCUUCUUUGAACAAACCCUUGACCACUUCACCUACACUCCGGGAAGUUACAAGAAGUUCCGACAAAGAUAUGCCGUCAAUUCCAAGUAUUGGGAAGGUGGAAAAACCAAUGCACCUAUCCUAGCUUAUCUUGGAGCGGAAUCUUCAUUGGACUCUGAAUUGAGCGUUCUUGGCUUCCUCAAAGAUAACGCUCCUCAUUUCAAAGCCCUCAUGGUCUACAUAGAGCAUAGGUUUUACGGAGAAACUAUGCCAUUUGGGUCGGCGGAGGAAACGUUGAAGAACGCCAAAACCUUGGGAUAUUUAAACGCUGCUCAAGCCCUUGCGGAUUAUGCUGCAAUUCUUCUGCACAUUAAGGAGACAUACUCAGCUAAACACAGUCCGGUAAUAGUUAUUGGAGGAUCCUAUGGCGGAAUGUUGGCAGCUUGGUUCAAGCUAAAAUACCCACACAUAGCGCUCGGGGCUUUAGCAUCCUCAGCCCCUCUUCUCUAUUUUGAAGACACACUUCCAAAACAUGGUUACUUUUAUAUAGUAACCAAAGUUUUCAAGGAAACGAGCCAGAAAUGUCAUAACAAGAUACGUAAAUCUUGGGAUGAAAUAGACAGGAUUGCUGCCAAACCCAACGGUCUGUCAAUCCUCAGCAAAAAAUUCAAGCUGUGCAAUCCUUUGAACGACACCAUUGAACUCAAAAGCUAUCUGAGUAACAUAUACGCCGGGACAGCUCAAUACAACAACAAUCCGUAUUCGGUUGCCAGCUUGUGCGAGGCUAUUAACACCAGCCCACCAAACACUAAGAGUGAUCUACUAGACCAGAUCUUCGCAGGUGUGGUUGCUUCUGGGGGUAAUAUUUCUUGUUAUGGUAUGGAUCAGAUCACAAACGAUGCCAGGGCAUGGACAUGGCAGAGUUGCAGCGAAAUGGUUAUGCCCAUAGGAUAUGAGAAAGAAGAUACUAUGUUCCAACCGAAACCGUUCAAUAUGAGCAGUUUUACUAAAAACUGCGAAUCACAGUACGGUGUCUCACCUCGUCCGCAUUGGGUCACGGCAUACUUCGGUUCUCAGGACGUUAAGUUAAUUUUUCGACGAUUUGGCAACAACAUAAUCUUCUCCAAUGGGUUGUUAGAUCCAUAUAGUGUCGGCGGCGUAUUGGAGGAUAUCUCAGACACUGUAAUUGCCAUCACGACAAGAGACGGCUCUCAUUGUCAGGACAUUGUCUUAAAGAGCAAGGAGGACCCGGAGUGGCUGGUGGAGCAAAGAGAGAAAGAAGUUAAAAUAAUUGAUUCUUGGAUUUCAACUUAUCAAAAAGAUCUUAACAUAUCUAGUUAAAGUUCUUUGGUUGUAAUAUGUUAAAAAAA